AUGACCGUGGAAGAAAUGUACAGGACGGCGGGGCCAAAUCAGAUCCCCUUUGAGGUGGAUUCCUGGGCGCAAGCUUUGACCGAAGAAUUCUGCACUUACUUCUUCCUAUACCAAUUCUCAAUCUACGCGGUGUGCGUUUGGUUCUCCUAUUGGCACUACACCAUCAUAGCGGUCUUCAUCGCCAUUAUCUCUGGCUUUUUCAAUGCUUCGGUGAGACUGGCAAGCCAGCGAUCGAUCAAGUCCAUGAUGGAGCAGAAAAUCACCGCAAAAGUGUUUCGAGAUGGUCAAGUCAUUCAGAUCAAUGCUGCAGACUUGGUACCGGGUGACAUUGUGAAGGUCCAGAAUGGCCCCGUACCGUGCGACCUCCUCCUGCUGCGUGGUGCAGCGGUUUGUGACGAAUCCACGCUGACUGGAGAAUCGAUGCCGGUGCAGCCUGGCUUCCGCUUUCCUGCGAAGCAUGUGCUGGUGGCUGGCACCACCGUGUUGCAAGCCGUGGACGACGACACCUGGGCAAUGGCGACGCACACGGGGAUCCACACCCAGAAAGGCCAGCUGCUGUUGCUGAUCCUUUAUCCACCAAAGUUGAUCUUCAAAUAUGAUGAGCAGCUUUCAGUGGUGUUCUUCCUCCUCAUUGUCUAUGCACUGUUUGUUGCCAUUACACUGAUGAGGGUCAUGUAUUGGCGUUAUGCCAAUGAUCAGACACCUGGCUGA